AUGUCGCAUGGGCUUAGUCAGAAUGCAAGUGUUGAUCAAACUGCAAGUCAAAAAGCAACACCCUCUAAUAUGAAGUUUAGAAAGCUAAAGUCUCAAUCUGAAGGUGAGGGUUGUACACAUUGUGGGAAUGCUAAGCAAACUCACGAAAUAUGCUUUAAAUUACACGAGUAUCCCGAUUGGUGGGAUGAAUACAAGGCCAAGAAACCACAUGAAGCUGCUGCUAAAAGUGGGUUGGGACGUGCUGCCAUUACACAUACAGAACCACAACUAUCAUUGUUGCCACAACUUGAAUCUUUUAAUGUACCAACACAAAAUUAUGGCUCCUCAACUCAUAAUUCAGGAUAUUCUAACCAAGGAGAUCAUUGGUCGUGGUACUAA